AUGCCCUCUCGCGUUUCUCAACUUUUUUUCAAUGCGUGUUUCUCACUCUCAGCUAAGCGCCGCUCCUUGGUCCCGGCCAUGACUUACAUCGGAGAAUAUGGCGACCAUCUGUUGUACCCAUACACACCUUCCAUCAUUGCCGCCGGGAUCUUCUUUGUGCUGUUUCUUUCCACAACCAUGUACCAUGUUUAUCAGCUUCUCGCCAACCAGUCCUGGUACCUCUUGUUGCUUGCUCUGGGAGGGUUCUGUAAGCGCUUUUCAACAUCGGCCUCUGUGAGGCCAGAAAAGUGCAUCGUUGCCGUUCCACUGACUAUUCUUAUCCCAGUCCAGAUGAUUGGAUACGUUGAGCGGGCAAUCGCGCAUUCGAACCCUGAAGUCGCACGGAUCUAUUCACUCCAAGCUAUCUUCAUCCUACUCGCUCCUGCUGUUUGUGCUGCGUCAAUAUACAUGGCUCUUGAGAAAUUGGUGUUGCAUCUUCAUGCGGAAGAAUCCAGCAUGUUGCCGUUGGGCUGGAUGACAGCCAUAUUCAUGAACACUGCUAUGGUAGCGUUUUUACUUCAGGCAGCAGGGUCAGGUAUCAUGGCUAAUGGCAAAACGGACGAUGUCAUGACGAUCGGGCGACACAUCGUGAUGAGUGGUCUAUGCGUUCAAAUUGUCUUCUUCGCACUAUUCAUACUCUCAUUGCUCAUCUUCUAUCUACGCUACCGUACCCAUGCACCCGCACAACAGGCCGUUGAAACCGGAAGAAUCAACCUUCUGCAUAUCACUCACACCUGGGUAACGACUCUUUUCGGGCUGUAUGCUGCGAGUGUGCUCAUCCUGGUCCGAUCGACAUUUCGUCUCAUCCAAUAUGCUCAAGGGCCCUAUGGCAGUCUGCUCAGUCAUGAGGUUUUUCUCUACGUUUUUGAUGCACUCUUGAUGUUCAGUGCUAUGUUGGUAAUGAAUGUGUUUCAUCCAUCCAUGGUAUUAUCUCCCCAACGCCGGAAUGAUUCUUUCUCUUUGGGGGCUUUGAGAGUUUUGUCUUAG